AUGCCUAAUCUUAAACAAUUUUAUUUUUAUCUUUUUGUACAAACAACAUCAUUUCCAUUUACUAAUCAAUAUCUUGAUGGACAUGUAUGGCAACAAAUAUUAGAAAAUAAUGUUUCAUAUUUAUCAAAAUUUGAAUUUCAUAUGACUGUUACAAAAAGAAGACCAAAAGUAGAUUUAGAUUUUGUUAUUAAUCCAUUUAAUUAUUUUGUUACAAAAUAUUCCAAUUGGAAUAUGAUUGUUGAUAGAUGUAUGUAUGGUCCUCGUCUUCAAGUUAAUAUUCGACAAACAACUAAUGAUAACAAUGCACAAGAAAAUCUUACUUAUCUAUCAAAUUUUGUUUAUUUAACAAAUAUAACUACAUUAGAAUUUCAUUCAACAUUUCAUGUUAAUCAAUGGAAAGAUGCUGAAUUUAUUUUAAAAUCAUGUCCAAAUGUGAUUAAUCUUACAAUUAAUACUUCAUUAUUACUCUCCUCAAAAAUAAUUAAUAAUUUAACUCUUAUUCCAGUUUUCAAACAAAUUAAAAUGAUUAAAUUAAUUACUGAAGAUGUUUAUUUUCCUUCAAAUUUUAUUUUACAAUUUGUUGAACGUUUUCCUUCACUGGUUCAUAUUGAACCACAAGUAUUUUCAUUUGAUAUUUGCUCAUUUAUUAUUGAAGUAUUACUUACUCAAUCAGAACAAUUAUCUUAUGUGAAAAUUAAUUAUCACCAAGAUACAUUACUUGAUGAUUAUUUUACACGUGAUUAUAUUACUACGAAACGCCGUCAAGUAUUUCCCCUUAAUAUUAUUAAUCAACAAAUGAUGAAUGUCAAAAAUAAUGGUCAAACUAUUGAAAUUUGGUUAUCAUAA